AUGCAGUGGUGGGUUAGAAUACUGAUCACCAUCCGAGUUAGCCACCGCAUUUCUAAGGUCGCCAACAUGAGUCUCAGUAUAGGCGAAGGACGACUGAGGCAGUUCAUGUCCAAGAUCAUUCAUUCAUCCAACUAUGGAGAAAAGUUAACCUCGAGGAUCACUACAUCUCAUGCCUGCCAAACAGCGAAUGACACUACAUCAAAAGAAUCUGGUAUCAGCACGAGUCAAGCUAGCCAGGUAGUCAGUGAACCACAAGCGAUAGCCACGAAAGCGAGCAUGCGGAGUGACACGACGAGGCAUAACGACGAUGUUUUCUUGCCUUCUGCCUCGCGACGACCAACAGACAUCGAGCUUGAUGCGCUUCAGUGGGGACAUAAAGUCAAUGGCCCUGAAAGCACUUCGGCUGUCACUCCGGGAGACCUCGAAAGCAGUCCUGUUAGUGGUUUAUCAUCCCCAGCACGAGUCAAUCCUCAACAACAUAUUGCCGUAACGCCAUCUUCACCUAAGUAUCCUUAUAUGAACCGAUGGCGGAUCCUAGCAACGUGUAUUGCAUUCUUCGUUCAAGGCAUGAACGACUCGGCCACUGGAGCCCUUCUACCCUAUAUGGAACGAUACUACCAUAUUUCUCACGCCAUCAUGUCACUGAUCUUCGUGGCUAAUGCCUGUGGUUUCAUCGCUGCUGGUCCAGUCUGUCAUAUACUCAAUAAUCGCUUCGGUCGAGCCAGGGUGCUGUCCUCAUGCACAAUUCUCAACACUCUAGCCUACACCGCCAUAGUAUGCCAGCCGCCCUUUCCCGUGGUCAUCGUGGCCUUCUUCUUCCUCGGUUUCGGCUUCGCAAUCAUUCUUGCUCUCGACAACGUCUUUCUCGUCAACCUCCAGGGCGGCACGACUCUCCUCGGAUACAUGCACGGCACGUAUGGGGUAGGCGGCAUCGUCGCCCCCUUCGUGGCAACCGCAAUGGUCUCUCAAGGUAUCCGUUGGUCACUCUUCUACGCCAUCCUCCUCGCCCUGUCCCUUAUCAGCACAGUCGCCUUCUUCUGGACAUUCCGCAACUACGAAAGCGAGACCACCUCCGCACAACUCCUAACAGCACUCGAACGCACCGCGUCCCGUCAAACAGACUCAGAAGAAAAGAAGAACAUCCUCAAAAAAGCGCUCCGAAACCGCACAACUCUCCUCGGAGCCCUAUUAAUCUUCUCAUACCAAGCCGCAGAAGUAGCCAUAUCCGGCUGGGUGAUCUCUUUCCUGAUCGACUACCGCAACGGCGAUCCAACACAAGUCGGCUAUGUCACGUCGGGCUUCUGGGGCGGAAUAACCCUCGGCCGCUUCCUUCUCGUCAUGCCCUGCCACAAGAUCGGAGAUCGCAUCUCCAUCGUCAUACUCAUAGCAGGCACAGCAGCGUUCCAAUUCAUGGUCUGGUUCUUACCGAACGUCAUUGGAAAUGCUGUGGCUGUGGCGAUCAUCGGGUUACUGCUUGGUCCGAUAUAUCCUUGUGCAACGGGUGUGUUUUCGAAACUGCUGCCGAGUUGUAUGCAGAUUACGAGUCUGGGAUUGAUUGGUAGUGUUGGUAGCAGUGGUGGUGCUGUCGGACCGUUACUUACGGGAGCACUUGCGCAGAAGCUGGGGACGGUGGUGUUGAAUCCUAUCUGUAUUGUGCUCUGUGUGGUUAUGGAAUGCGCAUGGCUCGGACUACCGAGAGUGGUGAAGAGGAGUGAGUAA